CUUCAUUGACUUGCCACUACAUUAGUCUUGAGAGUUUCUGCUGCAAUGAUUCAAUUGUACUUUAUUUAUAGCAGCAAUCUCCAGGAACCUUCUCUUCUAUCACUUUCUUAUAUAAAUAUUCCCCUCACCAAAGUACAUUAUUUGUUUCUCUUCACUCCCACUUUUUCAAGGUGUCAACUUUUUAUCUUUCUUUUACAUAUAUAUUUUCUUGAAAUUUAGUAUAGUAUACUAAUAAGUUGGAAGAGUUGAGCUUCAUGCAAGGAAAGUAGUAUAGUGGAAGUAAGGAAUUGAUCUUGUCUGAAGCUGAAAAUGACGAUUCUCAACGAAGAAAAAUAUGUGAGGUUUGAGGACUGCAAGUCAGAAGAUAAUUGGAUGUUUUCAGUGAGAAAAUCAUCAAUCAGCUCAUGGAUGGGUACUAUUAAAAGAGGAUUUGAGAGGGGUUCUGAUAGAAUAAGUGGCUUAAUUUUAAAAUCGCUGUGCAUCGGUUCUCUAAGUGGCAGUCCAAGGAAUAAAAUUCUCGAUCCUCAGGAACCAUUUCUACAGUUCUGGAACAAAAUAUUUGUCUUGGCUUGUAUAAUUUCAGUGGCAAUUGAUCCAUUGUUCUUCUACAUUCCCGUCAUUGAUAGCAAGAGGAAGUGCCUUGAUUUGGAUCGUACAUUAAAGAUCCCUAUUUCUAUUCUUCGAUCAGUCACCGAUCUUUUCUAUGUCUAUCAUAUCAUCUUGCAGUUUCGUACUGGAUUUAUUGCUCCUUCUUCUCGAGUAUUUGGUAGGGGUGAGUUGAUUGAGGACCCCUACCUUAUAGCCAAGAGAUACUUUUCAUCUUAUUUCUUCAUUGACAUCCUAGCUGUUCUUCCACUCCCACAGAUGGUGCUCUUUAUAGUCGCUCCUUACAUGAAUCGUCCCAUUUCUCUGGUGACAAAAAAGCAGUUGGUGAUUGUUAUUUUGGUACAAUAUGUUCCAAGAAUUUUUAGGAUAUAUCCAUUGCACAAGGAAGUAACAAGGACAACAGGCUUUUUUACUGAAACGGCCUGGGCUGGAGCUGCUUUCAAUUUAUUCCUAUUCAUGAUUGCCAGUAAUGUAGUUGGAGCCCUUUGGUAUUUGAUCACAGUGCAAAGACAAAAUGACUGCUGGACCAAAAUAUGUAAGGGUAUAAAAAAAUGUGUGUUGGACGACUUAUGUUGUGGACAUCAAGGAAAACUUAACGCGCAAUUACUAAAAUCUUCUUGUCCUCUCCUGAAACCGGAAGCUAUACACGAGAAGGACUUUGAUUUUGGGAUAUUUCUUGAUGCUCUUCAGUCUCGAGUAACAGAAAAAAGAAACUUUUGGUCCAAACUCUCCUAUUGCUUCUGGUGGGGGCUGCGAAAUUUAAGUUCUCUUGGCCAAGACCUUAAGACAAGCAACUUUGUAUGGGAAAUUCUCUUUGCCAUCUUCAUCUGCAUCGUUGGGCUGAUUCUGUUUUCCUUGCUUAUUGGCAACAUGCAGGAAUAUUUGCAGUCUAUCACAGUAAGAGUAGAAGGGAUGAGAUUGAGAAGACGGGAUGCAGAACAAUGGAUGUCUCACCGCAUGCUUCCCGACAACCUGAGAGAGCGCAUUCGAAGAUAUGAGCAGUACAAAUGGCAACAAACUAGAGGCGUUGAUGAAGAUUAUUUAAUUUCUAACCUUCCCAAAGACUUGAGAAGAGACGUAAAGCGCCAUCUAUGUUGGUCUUUGCUCAAAAGAGUUCCCAUGUUUGAUAAAAUGGAUGAACAGUUACUGGAUGCGCUGUGUGAUCGACUGAAACCAGCUCUUUUCACAGAGAAUAGCUUCAUAAUCCGAGAAGGCGAUCCAGUGAAUGAGAUGCUUUUUCUCAUGAGAGGUACUUUGUUGACUAUGACCACAAAUGGUGGAAGAACUGGUUUCUUCAACUCUGCAUCUCUUAAGGCUGGUGAUUUUUGUGGAGAGGAGCUUCUUACAUGGGCUUUAGAUCCCAAUGCUUCCUUGACUCUUCCCGCCUCAACUAGAACAGUGCAAGCUGUCAUAGAUGUUGAAGCUUUUGCUCUCACAGCUGAUGAUCUCAAGUUUGUUGCCGCCCAAUUUAGACGCCUCCAUAGCAAGCAGCUUCGCCAUACUUUCAGGUUUUAUUCACAGCAUUGGAGGACAUGGGCAGCCUGCUUUAUACAAGCAGCAUGGCGCAGACACUGCAGGAACAAACUUGAAAAAUCUUUGAGAGAGGAAGAAGAUAGACUACAGGCUGCAUUGGCAAAUGAGAUAGCAACUUUACCAAGUCUAGGAGCUACCAUUUAUGCAUCAAAGUUUGCUGCUAACGCGUUGCGCGCCUUGCGGCGCAACCACCCAAGGGUUUCCAAAUCAUCUACCAGAUUAAGUCCCUUAUUGCUUCAGAAGCCAGCUGAACCUGAUUUUAGCUCCUCAAGCUAGAAAAUAUUGGAAAAAGGCUCAUCUAUGACUGGCUGUUUCAGUUUGGAUUUUAGUGUAUAGUUUCUUUACAGCUAGUUAGAUAGAAGAGUCUGCUAAAUCUUGGUAAUCUAUAAAACCAUGAAUAUAAAACAGGCACAUCGCUCCUGCCUUGUAAAUUGUUGUAUUCUACUAAACUACGACUCGAUAGAUUUUGGCUAUUUUACAUGUGGUCAGUUGUCACUGUCUAGGCAAA